GAAUUCAUGGCACCUCAGUCUUCACCAUACAUUAACAGUACUAGUGGAACGAAGACGGCAAUUCCUCCAUCAAGGAAUCUUUUCUCUCCUGGCCAAAAAUUCGAAAUUUACGUAUACUUCUCUGAUUCAAUGGACAGGUUCAACGCGUUUAAUGAUGAAGCAGCAUUAUUUUGGAAAGAAACUGAUCUUGUAUAUGGUGACUGGACUUCGGGCCCAAAUGGUGAUGGUUCUCGUUUGAAAUCUUCUACUUUCCCCGUUCCUCAAGUACUACUUAAUAAUGGAUCUCUCUACCUACAUGUUUUCGUUGUUAAAGAAGGCCAGUCGCCCAAUCCAAAAGACAGGCAUUACGUGAAACGAGAGGUUGUGUACAAUGUUCGACAGUUAAACAAGUUUAAAAAGAAGUAUUAUAAAAAAACCCAAAAUUUGUUGACUGGUAAGACCAAGCAAAGCGAAGAAGAGAGGCAGAAGGCUGAGGUGAUGUCGUACGAAGUAUUAAACCAUUGGCAUCCAAAUCUUACAAUUAAUCUCGUCGUCGAUCAAACUGCGUGGCAGAAAGGAGCGUUGCCGUCUCCUUUAGAUGAAGCUGUGGUCUUCGAACCAAUUAGCAAUACUUAUAAGCCUAUAUUUUUUUUCAAUGAUUAUUGGAACCUUGGUGCCGAUUUCAUGCCGAUCAAUGGAAGUGUUAAAGAAUUGAAUUUUACGCUUACUUAUUCACCUAUAUCACUUUUUAAGUGGCAGUUAUAUGCUUCACAACAGAUGCGAGGAAAAUGGUCUCAAAUGUUGGAAUCUGAUGAAGAACAAGAUUCUUUAAAACAAGCUUUAUUGGAAACUAGUCCUAUACUGCUCGGUAUCACCGCAGUCGUUUCUGUUUUGCACACAGUAUUCGAGUUUUUGGCUUUUAAAAAUGACAUCCAGUUUUGGAGAUCGCGAAAAAGCUUAGAGGGGUUAUCAGUUCGUUCAGUUCUCUUCAACGUUUUCCAGUCUGUUGUUGUUUUUCUAUAUAUAUGUGAUAAUGAUACUUCUUGGAUCGUAAAAUUAUCCGUCGGGAUUGGCUUAUUGAUUGAAGUUUGGAAGAUACCAAAAUGUAUGAACGUUGCAGUAAAUAAAAUUUUCAAUUUUCUUCCGAAGGUUAGCAUUUCUGAUAAAGGGUCGUAUGUGGUGUCUGAGACUAAACAGUAUGAUCAGUUGGCUUUUAAAUAUCUUUCGUGGGUUCUUUUUCCGCUUCUUGGUGGUUACGCAGUAUACUCCCUUGUUUAUGUAGAACAGCGGGGUUGGUACAGCUGGAUAUUGAGCAUGCUUUACGGCUUUUUGUUGACAUUUGGUUUUAUUAUGAUGACGCCUCAGCUUUUCAUCAAUUAUAAAUUGAAGUCCGUGGCACAUCUUCCAUGGCGAAUGCUUACUUAUAAGUUUAUCAAUACUUUUAUUGAUGAUCUCUUCGCAUUUGUUAUUCGGAUGCCAACCAUGUACAGAUUAGGGUGUUUCCGCGACGACAUAGUUUUUUUGGUGUAUAUUUACCAACGAUGGAUCUACCGAGUUGACCCUAAGCGUGUAAAUGAAUAUGGAGUUUCUAUGGAAAAUCCGGAAGGAGAGGAACCUUUGGAAGAAGAGCGUAGGCAUCUUACUUUGAAAGGAGAUACUUCAGCGACCACAGUGUCCGGUGACUCUCAAAAAGCUACGCUAGAGUCGAAGAAAGAUCAGUGA